CUCCAACUUAAAUAGCUGCGAUACCAGCAGAUAAUGAAAGAAAGCUCAGCUCACAUCCCAGCAGAUCUCUCUCUCCUCCAGCUUGGUAGCCUGUUUAUGUGCCACAACUUUUGCUCACAAAGCUCAGCGUUUGUGACGAAAAGUAAAGAUGACUAAGAAAGGAGUGAAAGGAAACGCAUUGAUUUGCGUCCCAGAUGGAUACACUGAGAAACCAAAGCAGGUUGAGGAGCGGGGCCACUGGGGGACCAAAGCGGAGUUCAUCCUCACCGUAAUGGGAGCAAUUAUCGGGCCUGGGAAUAUCUGGAGAUUUCCAUACCUCUGUUACAAGAACGGUGGAGGUGUAUUCUUUAUUCCAUACAUCCUGUUCAUAUUCACGUGUGGGAUCCCACUGUUCUUCCUUGAAACUGCGUUAGGGCAGUACACAAGCCAAGGCGGAAUUACGUGCUGGCGACACAUUUGUCCGCUUUUUCAAGCUGGCAGUGAGUGUCUGCAGCUCCCAGUUGUGGAAUUCUGGCAACAACGAGUUUUAAAGAUCUCUGGUGGGAUUGAAGAGAUGGGUGGGGUGAGGUGGGAAUUGGCAUUGUGCCUCAUCCUGAGUUGGAUCAUCUGCUACUUCUGUGUCUGGAAAGGAAUCAAGUCAACAGGAAAGGCGGCAUACUUUACAGCCACAUUCCCCUAUGUUAUGCUGUUCAUUUUGCUGAUGCGAGGUGUGACUUUGCCAGGAGCUCUAGAUGGGAUAAUUUAUUAUCUCUACCCAGAUAUCUCCCGUCUUUCAGAUCCACAGGUGUGGAUGGAUGCUGGAACUCAGGUCUUCUUCUCCUAUGCCAUCGGCUUUGGUUUUCUCACUUCUCUUGGAAGCUAUAACACUUACAACAACAACUGUUACAAGGACUGUUUCCACUUGUGUCUGCUGAACAGCUGCACCAGCAUUGUCGCCGGCUUUGCCAUUUUCUCUGUUUUGGGCUUUAUGACAUACGAACAAGGCGUGGAUAUUUCUGAAGUGGCAGAAUCAGGCCCGGGUUUGGCAUUUAUUGUCUACCCACGUGCUGUGGCCAUGAUGCCAAUGCCUCAGGUGUGGUCAGUGUGUUUCUUCCUCAUGAUCAUUCUGCUUGGACUAGAUAGCCAGUUUGUUGGUAUAGAGUGUGUGAUGACAUCACUGGUUGAUCAUUUUCCAAUAUACCUGAAUCAAGGCUACAGGCGGCAGCUGCUUCUGCUCAUGAUUUGUUGUUUCUCCUGCAUGUUCGGACUCUUACUUGUCACUGAGGGUGGGAUUUACCUGCUCCAGUUAUUGGACCACCAUGUCUGCAGUGGCACCACGCUGCUGCUCCUCUGUUUCUGUCAGUCUAUCAGCAUUGGGUGGGUUUAUGGUGCGGAUCGUUUUUAUGACAACAUCACAGAUAUGAUUGGCUAUCGUCCAUUGCCGUUCAUGAUGUACUGCUGGAAGUACAUCACUCCUUUUGUUUGCUUUGGAACCUUCAUCUUCUCGAUAAUCAAAUACUCUCCACUGAAGUUCAGUAACUCCUACGUUUAUCCACUAUGGGCGAAUGUGUUGGGAUGGUUUAUUGCCAGUGUCUCUCUUUCACUCAUCCCUCUGUUUGUGCUUUUUAAAUUAUUCCAAGGACAAGGCACAUACCAACAGCGUUUCUUAUCUCUCUGCAAGCCUGUCGUCCCCUUGGAUCAGAUGUGUCCGCCCCCUGCACCAGAAAGCGAGAGCAAGGCUCUGUACACGGAGCUCAAACCUUUGUAUGGAGCCCGGAAAGAGUAAUAAUUACUCUCCAUCUUAAAAUCGGGCAAUAAUUAUAAACCCUAAGGUGACUGAACACUUAGGUUGGAACAACAAAGCUGAGUUGAGCUUUUGAUGUGGCAUCUCCUUGGUAAACAGAUAAAAGCUUCUGUCUCUUGUUAAUGGACUACAUGGGAGAAUUUUUUUUAGGAUAGUUGUUUAAAAGGAGAUUUUUUUAUUUGUAAAUAAAAUGUUUCUAUGUGCCAGGUACAGUAAACAAAGCUCCCUCGGACUGAGACAAUAGGAACACGUAUACCUUAAGUAUCCUAUGUCUCCAUCGUUCUAUACUUGGGCCACCAUGGCUGCUAUUGGAGGUCCGAGGUGCCAGUGGCACAAGUUGUACAGCAGCCUUACUUAUGUCAGUGUGCCCCAGGACAGCAGUGGCUACAAUGUACCUUAUCAUCAUCAUCAGCAUCAGCAUUUGAAUGUGUGUGUGAACGGAUGAAUGACUGGAUGUUAAGUCCUUUGGGGGUCUCUUGCUUGAUAAAGUGCUAUAUAAGUAACUCACUGUGCAAAGAUUGGUUGAGAUGAUAUUGAAUAGACAACAUGAUUUAUGUCCAAAUGACGUCUACAUUUGGCAGUCUACGCUGGCAGAUUCUUGAAAUGAAAACUAUCCAUCAUCUGAGAAACAAAUCCUAAAGCUUUUAACAUAAAAAUACAAAAAUCUAAAAAGGAGAAAGGGUUGAAAGCAUAAAAAGUUUUCACUAAAAAGAACUAAAUUGAAAAUUUUAACUAAAUGGAUGUCAGUAGAUUAUUCUAAAAAUACUUGUAGUGAUUCAGAUUUUAAUAUAUAAAUUCCAACAUUUGGUUUUAACAUGUGUAUUAGUGUUUUCAAAUAUUUUGAAAAUGAAAGCUUUUAGAUGUAAGAAGGUGCUGAUGUUAUCUAACACCUCACCAUUCUGCAGCAACCAAACUUAAAAGCUUUCAAGAGAUCUGGUUAAAUGCUUCAGUGCCUUGUGGCAAAACCUCUUUGCUAUGUGUCAGUCAAACACCAAGCUAAUAAAAAAUUAUUUCCACUAUAAUUUUCCCUUACCACAGACAUCUCUAGUACUUCUUGCCACCUACCUAUUACCUAUUGUACUUUUUCCAGAACACAGAGGGUUGCCCUUAAGGCACUCUGUCCCGAAGGUUCAGUCACAUACUGCAUUCCAAGUGCUCCAACAUGUUCAGGCUUCUUAAUAAGGUUGGAAAGACAUGUUAUAAAUGUUGAAAUCAGACUGACAAAUGUUAGAAUAAUCUAGUAGAUGUUUCUGUCAUUCAUUUACGAGCCAUUCCUGGAACAAAGCUGGAUCCACUUCUCUAAAUAUUUUCUUAAACAUCAUCAAAUAAUUUAACCCCUAUUCUAAGGACCUAAUGUGCUGUAUAGUUUCUUAUUACUCAGAAUAAAUAUGUGAAUUGUGGUUUAUUUGUAACUGGAUGUGUAGUUUGAAUGUAAGAUUUGUAAAGGGGGUUUUGUAGCUCUUGUUGCUAUGACCAAAUAUUUUCAAUAUUUAAAUGUUGUUCAUUGCUUUAAGACACUGAAUGCUUUACAUGUCAUUGUUCACUUUAAAGAUCUAUUAAACGUAAAUU